AUGCGUAUUCUUGACUUCUUUAUCGGAAUUUUAGUUCUGGUUUUGAUAUUGUGUUCUUCAGCUUCGAAGAAUUCUUCUGAUUCAAUAACAUCUAACUCCGUCGUGAUAGAUGGUGAUCCAAUAAAUAUAACAACAUCAAUGGUUGUAACACAUCCGUCAACGCCAACAUACAAACCAACACCAACGACACCAGAAACAACAUCAAAAGAAGCAUCAAAAAAUAUAACGACAAUAUAUAAAACAAUCACCACUACAUCUAGCUUCACAGAAAAGACAACAAGCAAUACUACAGAACCACCAAACACAACAAUACACGACUGCACAACACUGACAUCGACUCCCAUGACAGCCAAAACUAGCACCACAACACGACCACUAAUCACAACCACAUCAAACCAAAAAGCACAAUCAUCAACCACCACAACAUCUGCAACUAGCAACAAAACACAUCAAGCAACUACAACAAUGUUAGAUCUCACAAUACAGACAUCAACUACCUCGACAACUGCAACUAACAACAGAACACCGACAACAACAACACGAUACCAUGCAGCACAAAAAUCAACUACUACCACACCCGACUACACAACAGAGACUUCAACUACCACAACUGCAACCAACAACAGAACACAAUCAAAAACCACAACCGACCACAAAAUACAAGCAUCAACUACCUCGACAUUCGCUUCUAGCAGUGCAACACAACCACCAAUCACAGCACAAAUGUCGACUGCCAUGACAAUCACAACAGGCACCACAAUACAACCACCAACCACAACCAUAGUCACUCACACUACAGAAACUUGGAAUGCUUCAACAGCCGAAAGUAACACCACAAAACAAGCAAUAACCACAAACAAGUUUAGCUAUAUUACGCAAACAUCGACUCCCACGACAACCAGCAACACAACACAACAAACUACCACAAACACACCCGACCACACAAUACAAACUUCAACUACGAUGACAACCGCAACCAGCAACCGAACAAAAUCAACAACGAUACACUUAUCUAAUCAUACAGAAGGAAUAUCAACUCCCAUGACAACACCAAAUAACAUCUCAACACAACUUUCAACCACAACUAUAGUUAGUCACACUUUACAAACUUCGACUAUUAAAAAUACCGCAAAUCAAUCAACAACCACAAAUAUUUCUGGGCACACAACACAAACUUCUACUCCCAUAAUCCUAACUCACAACACAACAAUACAGUCAGUAUCAUUACUACCAACAACAUUGGAACAAGAACUAACUUCUGCAAAUGUACCAAAACAAUCAACAAAAGAAUCUUAUAAUACAACCACAGUUACAUCAGCAGUGGAGAGUUCCUCAAACGAACACACAAUGGAUAUUUCGGAAAAUACCAUGUUAAUAGAAAAUAAUAUUUCUCAGCCAUCGUCUACCCAAAUCAAAACAACAGAGUCUUCAUCAAGUACGCCGAGUUCUAUAACACCUCUGACGACCAAUUCCAAGACAACUAUUUUAAGACUAAGCAACACCCUGAGCCUACAAUUUACAAUGCUUAUCACCACGGAUAGAAAUAGUUCUGAAGAAUUGUACAGAACUAGUUUUUACUAUAAGAAAUGUAACAGUGUGGAACUCCUUGUAGCUAUCAUGGUAGACAUCGAAGGUAUCGGAGAGAGGAGAACAGUCCCUGGUCUAUCAGUCGUAGAUGAAGCCAAGAUCAAUAUUACAUGUACAAUUGAUGUUGGAAUCCCAGUCUUAAAACUUCGGGAACAAAACAAGACAAUAACAGAUUUUGCAACCGACAUUUCUAAUAGUAUUCGACAAAACAUCUUAAACUUCACAUCUCUGACAUGGCAUGCUGUUAAUAUAUCGGAUGAAAUUGAGAAACAACUGAAAAUCCAGACUAGGGAUAUAACUGAGUGCUCUGCCUCUGGGAAGCUUUGCCCACUAGGUUAUGCAUGCCGUGCCCUCGAUCAUGACCACUUCACCGGUAUAUGUUUCCACAAAUGUGAUCUGGAAGAGAAUAAAUGUAAAAACAAUGGAUAUUGCAAUUUUGACUCUGUGAAAAAUAAAACAGUUUGUAGGUGUCAAUCUUCUUUUCUGUCACUGUAUUAUGGAUCCAACUGCGAAGACCAGACGGGGAAGUUAGAGACCGUGAUAGGAUUCACUCUAGGAUUGGCGAUUCUACUGAUUGUUUUGGUCUUUAUUGCAGUUCUCUGUUGUAGACGAAACCAUGAGAGUAUCAAAGAAUUUAGGAGACAUGACGAUAAAUCUACAUUAGAGACGGACUUCCUGUCAGAGUCGGGCGGUGUACAAGUCAUGGACUUCAAUUACCGUAAAUCUACAAAGUUCAAUCCGAAUAGUUUAGAUGUAGAUCCAGUAGUAAAAAUUCUGGUCCCUAAUCCUGCAGAUGUCAACGUGUCUGAAAUGUUAGAGUCACCAGGGUGCUCCACAAUUUCAUCAGACAACUCGGACAACUUCAGACAAGAGAAUAAGCGUCAGGAAUCCACAGAGUCACGUGCCUCUGACGUAAGGAAGCCUGGAGACGAAGAUUCUUUUUUUUCCCGCCAUUGUUCUUAG